AUGGUGACGUUUUGCCCCUGCAUCUCGCUGGCGCAGAUCUCCAAGCGCCUGGGCGUCAGCUCCUACUGCUGCGGGCUGUUCCUGAGCUUCCUCUUCGGGUGCUUCUUGUCGGCGUGCUUGCCGCUCUGGAUCUGCCACCUGCGCUCUGUCACACGACAGAGGUUCCGCAUCCCGGGGAAUUGCUGCGGAGACUACUGUGAAGCCUGUUGCUGCCCAUGCUGCGCGAUUGCUCAAAUGGCGACUCGAACCGGAAGCUACACACCCGGAAGCUGCAGUUUUGGCUCUCGCGACACCCUCCCACCGUACAACCACAUGUAG